AUGGUUGGUAGGGGAAACCAUUCUGAUCCUUCUUCAGGCGUGGAUGAGUGGCAGAUUGCUCAAGUUAUAGAGCUGAUUGCUUCUGCUAUUGGACAACAAAAUACUUUGUUGGCUCAGAUGGAGACCAAUCGGGCUGCAGCUGAAGCAGCUAGGGUUGAGGUACCUGAUGAGUAUAGGGGCUUGUCCGAGUUCAAAAAAGGGAAUCCUCCUCAAUUUACAGGUGUUGAUGGACCUGAAGUUGUUGACCAGUGGAUUGAGGAGAUGGAGAAAAUCUUCAUGGUGAUGCAUUGUCCUGAGGAGAGGAAGAUAGUUUAUGCUGUUUAUAUGUUGGUGGGUGAGGCUAGCUUCUGGUGGAAAGGUUCUCAAGCUAUGAUGGAAGCUAGAGGGGAAGUGGUGAAUUGGGAGAACUUUAGAAAGGUGUUUCUGGAGAAAUAUUUUCCAGAUAGUUCCAGAUAUGCUAAGGAAGCUGAAUUUUUGAGAUUGCAGCAAGGGAAUAUGUCAGUACAAGAGUAUGUGGUCAAGUUUGAACACUUGGCUAGGUACUAUUCUCAAGCUAUCACUGAAGCUUGGAGAUGCAGGAAGUUUAGUGAGGGUUUAAGGUAUGAGUUGAAGAAGGCUAUUGUUCCUAUGGGAAUUGUGGAGUUCCCAGUUCUAGUUGAAAAGGCAAAAAUAGUUGAGAGAUUUGAAGGAGGAAAUAGAGUGGCAAAAGGUCUAGAGGGAUCAUAUGGAUUUGGAAGGGGGAAACAUCCCCAAAAGAGACCAUCUUAG